GUCAGCAGAUUAAUUGAUUCUGUGAACAGGAUGGCAUUGAAGCUUCACAUGUGGUUGAAGGUAUGUGCAUGAAAUAGGGGCAAUAGCUUCUGAUGCUGAGUGUGAGUGUGUGUGUGUGUGUAUAUGUGUGUGUGUGUGUGUGUGUGUGUGAGUGAGUGAGAGUGUGUGUGUGAGAGUGUGUGUGUGUAUCUAUGUGGGUGGGUGUGAGUGUGUGUGUGUGUGUGAGUGUGUGUCUAUGUGGGUGUGUGUGUGAGAGAGAGAGAGAGAUACACAGCCGUUACCAUUUUGUUGCAGGAAACGACCCCCCUCGCUGUGUGCCCCACACGGGGCCGGAGUUGUACACGUGUCUGAGGUUGAGUGUGGGGCCGGCGUGUUUAUGGCAGUGCUGACGCAUAGAGGAGCGCCUGUGUGCCGGCUGGGGCCACGGCUGCAGCAGGAACCGCGCCGCGGCUACACAAGGAAGCCAGUGUGUCUUCCCGCUCGCGCGCUCGCUGUGUGUGUGCAGGGUCUUCCCAGGGACGAUUCAUUUCUCAUUCUCAUUGAAUUUCUGGGUUUAUUACUUUCUCGACCUUGUGGAUGGGGGUGCGGGGUUAUGUAAUGCUAUGUUGCUCCGGUGUACUCGAGUGUUCAAGGAAGGCUGAAUUUUAAGAUGCGUGUUGGGUUGCGAAAUAGCUGAGAGCGUCCUGGCGUAUGUGCGUGUGUGUGUGUGUAAGUGUUUGUGUAAGUGCUUGCGUGUGUAAGUUUGUAAAUGUUUGUGUAAGUGCUUGUGUGUGUGUGAGACUCGCAGUGUUUUCAGCCGGAGAGGUGUGUGUUCUGUUGGUUUUGUGUCCUAAUACUCAGCUGCUCCCAGGUGUAGCGUUACGCAUGCUGGCCUGCCGAAAGGGGCUGGAGUGUGUGAGGAGAGAGGGCAGCAGAGUAGGAGCCAUGUUUAAGUAGGGAGGGUAUGUACACACAUUGAGGCUGAUAGUCCGGCAUAUCCGUCUGCCAUCCGGGUCGCUGACCACACAUGGGUGAGAAAAGCUGAGUGGAGCCAGAAAGCCAACAGAACCGGCCGGAGCAAGCAGGAGAAACCACCGCUACUUUCACAUGGCCAAAUCGGACCUGUCGGACCUGGCCCCGCCCCCUCCCGCAGGGUGGGCGUCCUCCGUCUCCAUGACGCUGGCGCAGCUGAAGUACGUGUCGCUGGGCGUGCUGGUGCUGCAGACCACGUCGCUGGUGCUGACCAUGCGCUACUCGCGCACCCUGCAGGACGAGGGCCCGCGCUACCUGGCCUCGUCGGCCGUGGUGUCCGCCGAGCUGCUCAAAAUCCUCGCCUGCACGCUGCUCGUCUUCAAAGAGCACAGUUACAGCGUGCGGGCGCUGAACCGUGUGCUGGCAGAGGAGAUCUUCAAUAAACCCAUGGAAACGUUGAAGUUGGCCAUCCCCUCCGGCAUCUACACGCUCCAGAACAACCUUCUCUAUGUGGCCCUGUCUCACCUGGAUGCUGCCACAUACCAGGUGACGUACCAGCUGAAGAUCCUAACCACAGCCCUGUUCUCGGUGUCCAUGCUGGGCCGCAGGCUGGGCGUGUAUCAGUGGCUCUCCCUGCUCAUCCUCAUGGCUGGAGUGGCUCUCGUACAGUGGCCCUCAGAGUUCCCUGCCAUCCCUGAGCAGAAGGAGCUUUCGGCGGGCUCUCAGCUGGUGGGAGUGGUGGCUGUACUGGUGGCCUGCUGCUCCAGUGGCUUUGCAGGGGUGUACUUUGAAAAGAUCCUCAAGGAGACCAAGCAGAGUGUCUGGGUCAGGAACAUUCAGCUGGGGCUGUUCGGCCUGGUUUUUGGACUCAUGGGGGUGUUUGUGUACGACGGGGAAAGGGUGCGGGAGUCUGGAAUGUUCCAGGGAUACAACAGAAUCACCUGGAUGGUGGUGGCUCUGCAGGCUCUCGGUGGCCUGGUGAUCGCCGCUGUCAUCAAAUACGCCGACAACAUCCUGAAGGGCUUUGCCACGUCCCUCUCCAUCAUCCUGUCCACUCUCAUUUCAUACUUCUGGCUGCAGGACUUUGACCCUACCAGCAUUUUCUUCCUGGGCGCGGUGCUGGUCAUCGUCGCCACCUUUCUCUACGGUUACGAGGCCAAGCCCUCCCCCAACCCCAGCCGCGCCUAGCGGGAGACAGGGCUACCUCCGAGAGAGAGAGCGCGAGGAGGAGGAGGAAGAGGAGGCACGGCCCAGAAGAGGAAGAGGGAUGAAGAACGCGCCGGCGGAGCUCGACGCACGCCGGGCGCGGGGUUCCUGGGGCGGCACGGCAGGAAAACAGAACCACAGGGACCAGGGCCGGUCGCGGUCAGAGCCGGGCUGAACCCGGCUCCGCUGGGUCUCAGCGGGUACAGAACGUCCUCCUAUGCUGCUUACAAACUCACACCCCGGGGGAGGUACCCUCAGCCCCGGGCCUGCCGCAGAGCCAAGGGCGUCUCAGGGGCCGCGCUGACCGCGAGCCUCGCUGCCGUCGUGUAGCAGGCCAGGGGAGUCUGAGAUACAGAGCCGGGCCUGCACAAUGUGUCUCUCUGCUGAAGUGUUAAAAGCCAUCCUUCUCAAAUGUAUUUUUUGGAAAUCCAAUUGAUUUUCAAAGCUAUGAAUGUGUUCUGAAGAACUGUGCUGUGAGUGAGGUCAUG